AUGGCUUCCGCUGUUGCGUCGUCGCUCUCCGUGAACCACGCCGUCGCUGCCGCCGUGUGCGGCGGAGAGAAUCGUCGUUCCCUCGCCGCGUCGCCCCGCGCUUCCCUGCGCCUCUCGGCACCACUCCGAGCCUCUCCCCUCCCCCUCGCGCCUUCCAAAUGCCGCCCGCUCCGCGCGCCCCUUCCGUCGCGGCGACCGACAGUGUGCGCCGCUGCCGCCGCUCCAGCGGCGGUGGCGGACGGCGGGCUGCUGACGCGCGUGGCCGUUGCGGCGUAUUCGGCGCUCGUGCCGGCCGGGACGGCCGCUAGCAUGGGACUCACGGAGCUGACGGUGGUGCUGGCCCUGAGAGAGACCAUCAUCGCGCUCGCCACUGCUGCCAUCUUCUUCAACGCGCCCAAGAUCUGCCGCCUCGUCAACUACGUGUGGGGGACGCUGAUCAUGCGCGACGACGAGGUGACGGAGGAGGAGUUUCAGGACAGCAUGUUCGGUGCGCUCGUGGGGCCGCUGCAGUUCGUCCUCAUCUCCUUCUUCCUCACCCGCCAGUCAGUCGCCUCUUAUUCUCCUCCUCCUCACCUCUCACUCUCCUCCUCGCCGCCUCUCACUCUCCUUUUCCCCACCUCUCACUCUCCUCCCCACCUCUCACUCUCCUCCUCCACCUCUCACUCUCCUCCCCACUUCUCACUCUCCUCCCCACUUCUCACUCUCCUCCCCACUUCUCACUCUCCUCCCCACUCCUCACUCUCCUCCCCACCUCUCACUCUCCUCCCCACCUCUCACUCUCCUCCCCACCUCUCACUCUCCUCCCCACCUCUCACUCUCCUCCCCACCUCUCACUCUCCUCCCCACCUCUCACUCUCCUCCCCACCUCUCACUCUCCUCCCCACCUCUCACUCUCCUCCCCACUUCUCAAUCUCCUCCCGCCUUUCGCGCUGCUCCAUCCUCUGCCACUCUCCUUGUCAAUCACCCUAUCCCUUCUUCCUGCGCCUGCUGGUGCCGCUGCUGAAGCUGCCCGUGACAGCAGCAAUGGUGGGGAAGGCGCGGCUGGUGGCAUGGGUGGCGGCUGCCACGUGGUUCGCGACGGGAUGGAAGGACCGCGUCUUGAAGCUCGUGGCUGCUUCUCACCCCGAGGAUAAGCCAGUUCUGGCGAACGUGAGCAAGCUGCUGACACUGCUGCUGCGGGUGGCGGCGGUGGGCACGCUGGCAGAGAUGAUGGGCUUCAGCCUCAAGUCGCUCAUCGCUGUGGGAGGAAUCUCAGGUGUGGCGAUUGGGUUCGCGUCCAAGGAGAUAGUGACCAACUUCUUUGGCGGGCUCAUCCUGUUCCUGACGCAGCCGUUUGUGGUGGGCGACAAGAUCAAGGCGGGCAGUGUGACGGGGCGCGUGAGAGAGAUCGGCUUCCUGCAGACCAAGCUCGAGGCCGACGACAACUCGCCCAUCGUCGUGCCCAACUACAUCUUCAACACCGCUGUUGUGACCAACUACUCCCGUGCGGGCUGCCUGGCUCUGGAGGCCACGUUUGUGCUGCGCAACGAGGACAUCAUCCGCAUCCGCCCCAUCACAGAGAAGCUCACGGCGUACCUGCGCGCGCACCCGCUGGUGGACGUCACCAAGGGCCCCACGCUCGGGUACCUCAAGAAGCUCUCCGGCACGGGGCUGGAGGUCGGCAUCAUCGCCUACGUGCAGGACAUGGAGGACGAUGAGUACCUGGCGGUGCAGCAGGAGAUUCUGGAGCAGAGUGUGGAGAUCAUCGUGGAGGAGGGGGCCUACCUCGGGGAGAGCGCGCCCUUUGAGCCCUCCGUCUCCCUCGCCGCCUAG